AUGAAGUUGCAUUCGAGCGGUGGAGUCGGGGUUGUUGCUCCUACCCACAGUGGGUGCCCGACGCCUAGAGAUCCGCAGACGCGCCAGUGGAGUCGGCGCCGGCGCAUGCGCAGUUGCGGCAGCCUUGCUCCGGGCAGUGCCCGAGGGGAAUCGCCCAAGGUGGGCAGGCGGCCGCGCGGAAAGAAUUCCUCCGCCCGGCGAGUCUGCAGGGAGGGGGCUGCGACCUAUCGAUCCUGCCCGCGGGCGGCGCCUCGUGGAGCGCCCGGUUUGUGUGUAUACGCCGGAGACGAAAGAGUUCCAGACUCCACAAGCUCUCCGCGGAGCGUAGAGGCGGCGUGCGGGGGUGGCAGCCAAGGAGCGGGGACGGUGCCACUGUGUGGCGUCGGAAGGCAAAUUAAAGCUCUGUCUGCCAAGCAAGAAGCUCAGGCUGCCAAGCAAGAAGCUCAGGCUGCCAAGCAAGAAGAUCAGGCUGCCAAGCAAGAAGCUCAGGCUGCCAAGCAAGAAGCUCAGGCUGCCAAGCAAGAAGCUCAGGCUGCCAAGCAAGAAGCUCAGGCUGCCAAGCAAGAAGCUCAGGCUGCCAAGCAAGAAGCUCAGGCUGCCAAGCAAGAAGCUCAGGCUGCCAAGCGAGAAGCUCAGGCUGCCAAGCAAGAAGCUCAUCUCUCGGGUCUGGAGGAGCCGCCGGCGGCUCACCCGCGGCCCCGAGCACGUGCGCCUGUGGCCGCGGCUGCGCUGCGCUACGCUAGGCUGCGGUAA